AUGGAGCCAUCGACAACGGAUAAUCAUGGAUACAAACCUGAAAAAGAGUUCCCCGAAACCGCCUCGGAUCCCGAGUCUGGCCACGACUCAUCCGUCGUGGGUAAGCCGUGGAUGUACAAGCCAUUGAAAUUGGGCCCUUGGAACCUGCCGUAUUUUGCUUCUCCCGAAAUGCAAUUGAUCCUCGUCUCCUUCGUCUGCUUUCUCUGUCCCGGUAUGUUCAACGCGGUCAGCGGACUUGGAGGUGGUGGUCAGGUCGAUACGGCCGAUGUCAGUGAUGCCAACACAGCCCUGUACAGCACUUUUGCCGUCGUCGGUUUCUUCGCCGGUUCCAUCGCCAAUCGAAUUGGUCUCCGGUUGACGCUCUCAUUGGGCGGUUUUGGUUAUUUCCUCUACGUCGCCUCGCUACUUUCUUACAACCACAACAAGAAUGUCGGCUUUCUGGUUUUUGCGGGUGCGAUGCUAGGUGUUUGCGGUGGUCUGCUUUGGUGUGCACAGGGAGCUGUCAUGAUGAGUUAUCCCAACGAGAAAGAAAAGGGUAAAUUUAUCUCGAUCUUCUGGGUUAUUUUCAACCUGGGUGGUGUCAUUGGAAGUUUGGUACCCCUCGGCCAAAACCUGCACUCAGACGCAGGGCGUGUCAACGAUGGCACCUAUAUUGCCUUCAUGGUGCUCAUGGCAGCUGGAUUUGUCCUCGCCUGGGGCCUUGCAGACUCGAAAUACGUUAUGCGCAAGGAUGGCUCGCGAGUCAUUGUUAUGAAGAAUCCCACGUGGAAGUCCGAAUUCAAAGGUCUCUGGGAGACCUUGUUCACUGAUUGGUACAUUGUUCUAUUCUUUCCCAUGUUUCUUGCCAGCAACUGGUUCUACGCCUAUCACUUCAACAGCGUCAACGGCGCCUACUUCAAUAUCCGUACUCGGUCCCUCAACAGUCUUCUCUACUGGCUGAGCCAGAUGGUCGGCGCCUUCGUUUUUGGGCAGACGCUGGACAUGAAAUGGUUUUCACGUCCAGUGCGUGCCCGAAUUAAUUUGUUCCUUCUCUUUGCCAUCACCAUGGGAAUUUGGGGUGGCGGUUAUGCGUUUCAGAAGCAAUAUAUUCGCCCAACAGUCACAGCUACCAAAGACUGGACCGACAGUGGCUAUAUCGGGCCCAUGUUCCUUUACAUAUUUUACGGAUUCUAUGAUGCCGCUUUCCAAACGUGCACCUACUGGUUCAUGGGAUCACUUUCCAACAACAGUCGGAAGCUCGCGAACUUUGCCGGUUUUUACAAAGGUAUUCAGUCCGCUGGUGCCGCAGGAAUGUGGCGAUUGGAUGCCCAGAAAACCCCUUUUAUGACCGAGUUUGCCUCUUGCUGGGCCCUUCUUCUCGCCAGUCUUUUGAUCGCCUCCCCUGUCGUUGUUCUGAAAAUUAAAGACCAUGUCGACGUUGCGGAUGACCUCGGAUUUUCCGACCAAACCGCGCACGAUGUCUCCGGUAUCCCUAUGGAGAACUAUCCAACACCCGAGAAAAAGGAUGAGAAACGAAUUUCUGUCUAG